UCCCAUGUCGUCAGUGGUUAAACGUGGAACUUUGCUUAGAGACCAAGCUGGCGGUCUAGGGAUCCAACCUGCCUGGCCCUAAUUCCCUUAAAUGCUCUGUCUGCCCAGGCCUAUGACAGAUCGUUAGAGAAGUCAAGUUCCUUCGCAUUGAGAACUAUGUAUAUCCGGGGCAAGCGCCAGUUUACACUGGCGGGUGAGGGUUGACCUCUACAGGAUCCUGAACACGAAGAACCUAAGCCAGCAGGCCUCAGGGCUGGCUGAGUAGCUGGCUCCCCACUUGGCGCCCCACUUCCAUGUCUCAGCUGAAGAAUGUGGAAGCCAGGAUCCUCCAGUGUCUCCAGAACAAGUUCCUGGCCCGUUAUGUUUCCCUCCCAAACCAGAACAAGAUCUGGACGGUGACUGUGAGCCCAGAGCAAAAGGAUCGCACCCCUCUGGUGAUGGUACAUGGCUUUGGGGGCGGCGUGGGCCUCUGGAUCCUCAACAUGGAUUCGCUGAGUACCCGCCGCACUCUCCACACCUUUGAUCUGCUUGGCUUCGGGAGAAGCUCAAGGCCAACAUUCCCAAGGGACCCAGAAGGAGCGGAAGAUGAGUUUGUGACCUCAAUAGAGACAUGGCGGGAGACAAUGGGAAUCCCCACCAUGAUCCUCCUGGGGCACAGUUUGGGGGGAUUCCUGGCCACUUCCUACUCUAUCAAGUAUCCUGAGAGAGUUAAACACCUUAUUCUGGUGGACCCAUGGGGCUUUCCCCUACGACCAACUGACCCCAGUGAGAUCCGUGCACCUCCAACCUGGGUCAAGGCUGUGGCAUCUGUCCUGGGGCGUUCCAAUCCACUGGCUGUUCUUCGAGUGGCUGGGCCUUGGGGGCCUGGGCUGGUGCAGAGAUUCCGUCCUGACUUCAAGCGCAAGUUUGCAGACUUCUUUGAGGACGAUACCAUCUCGGAAUAUAUCUACCACUGCAAUGCACAGAAUCCCAGUGGGGAAACAGCAUUCAAAGCCAUGAUGGAGUCCUUUGGCUGGGCCCGGCGCCCCAUGUUGGAGCGAAUUCACUUAAUUCGAAAAGAUGUGCCCAUCACCAUGAUCUAUGGGGCUAACACCUGGAUAGAUACCAGCACAGGGAAAAAGGUGAAGAUGCAAAGGCCGGAUUCCUAUGUCCGGGACCUGGAGAUCGAGGGGGCGUCGCACCACGUCUAUGCCGACCAGCCACACAUCUUCAACGCUGUGGUAGAAGAGAUCUGUAACUCGGUCGACUGAGCUGCUCUGAGAAAAAGAGGAGGAAGCCAGAGUUGCUGCCACCUCCCUGUCCUAGUCAGAACCUCUGUCCUUUCCUUACCAACUAACACGUGCCAGCGCCAGGCAGAGUCGGGCUGUUCCCGAGAUAGGACCACAGUGAAAAUGAGCACUUUUGAUCCCAUGCUGAGGGCAAGAGGCAGAAUCCACAAGAGGCCUUGAACUCCCCACUCUGGGGAAAAGCAUAAAGGGUUGCCUAGUGCCGCCCACUCUCUCCACGCCAAGUGUUACCAGGUGGUGAUUAUGAGGAGAUUGCAUGAGCCGUGCAGUCUCCCUGCAUGGCCUUCCCUUCCUCUGGACAGAGGGGGGCUCCCCGCAGCCUUUCUAGUUUGGGAAUGUGUCAGAGAGUAGGUUCCAUGCAGGAACGUCUUCCUUCUCCAUCACUUCAUGCCUGCGUCUAAACCCAGUUCCCACCUACCCACCAAGGGCACCUUCCAUGACCUCAUUGGCAGAAGAGGAAGGAUGGACCACAUCAGGGCAGGAUGGAACACAGCAGGUAUAUAGCCCAGGUCUGCUGGCUUCCAGCACAUAGUGUAAGCUUCAUUCACCAAGGGUCCAUACAAACACCUCUGCUGUGGAGCUGGUUCAAAACUAAUCUUGCUCCAUACUCUAACCUGUUAUACAGGCACACUGUUAUCUUGUGCUGUGUCUCAAUCCUGGUUUCCUAAGUUGGGACACUUGAGACUCUUUCCCCUUCCUCCUCCCACUGUGAGGCUUUAAGCCUCUCCUGUGCCUUGGGCCCUAAAGCCCCAUGUGUAGUAUAGAGAAAAGAUGGCUCCUGGUGGAGAAGGGGAAAGGCCCUUCUGCCCUGGAGUCGUGUCUGGACUCACGAAGUCCACAAGUAUCUGCAGCAUUUUCUACCUAGCCCCAGAGCUGAGGUCCCCUGAGAGCUCCUGCCCGUGGCUCACGGAGGAGCUUUAAGCCAGCAGUUUUCUGUCCUCAUCAGCCACAAAAUGCUUCUCACUGCCCUACCCUCUACGCCUGCCAUCUGUCAUCAUGGUCUCCAACUCACUCUGCUUCAGAAUUACCCAUCAGCCCUCUCCCAUGGAUCUCAUUCCAGGUCCUGCUCUAAGGCUCUGGGUGCUAGGCUGGGCCUGGCCCCAGAAGCAGGGCAGCUCCUGCCUCUCCUUCUCUUUUAUAAAGCCAACCCUUUCACCAGAAUAGUAUUAACUCCUGGUGCUUUGUACUGCUGGUCCAGCGGCCUCGGGCUCUUUUUCUAAAUUAAUAAAGAAGAGUAAAACCUA